GGCCUCCAGCCGACGGAUCUGUACGGCAAGUUCACCUGGAAGAUUGAGAACUUCUCCGAGAUCUCCAAGCGCGAGCUUCGAAGCAACGUGUUCGAGGUUGGGAGCUACAAAUGGUACAUUCUGGUGUAUCCUCAGGGAUGCGACGUUCACAACCACCUGUCGCUCUUCCUCUGCGUCGCAGACUACGACAAGCUCCUGCCCGGCUGGAGCCACUUCGCGCAGUUCACCAUCGCCGUCGUGAACAAGGACCCGAAGAAGUCCAAGUACAGCGACACGCUGCACAGGUUCUGCAAGAAGGAGCACGACUGGGGAUGGAAGAAGUUCAUGGAGCUCAGCAAGGUUCUCGACGGGUUCACCGUGGCGGACACCCUGGUGAUCAAGGCCCAGGUGCAGGUGAUCCACGAGAAACCGGCGAGGCCCUUUCGCUGCCUCGAGCCCCAGUACAGGCGCGAGCUCGUCCGCGUGUACCUGACCAACGUGGAGGGCAUCUGCCGCAGGUUUCUGGAGGAGCGCAGGGACCAACUCGCCAAGUUUCAGGAGGACGAGACGCGGUGGGCGGACAUGCGAGAGUUCCUCGGGACUGCCCAGGGCAAGGCGCAGGCGCUCCUGGCGUCGGAGAAGGCUGACGUCCUCCUCAAGGGGAUCGUCAAGCGGUUCUUCAACGAGAAGGAGGUUACGUCCACGCUCGUCAUGGAUGCGCUGUGCUGCGGGUGCCAAGCGCUGGACAUCGGGUCUUCAUCCGCCGAGGACGCGUGCAAGCAGUUCGUAAAGGGCAGGAGCGUCUGGCUCUCUUCAUCGCAGAACAAGUGCUCCAUCGCGACGGACGACCUGUUAUCCGUCCUGGAGCGAGCGGCCAACCCCGACCUCCUCGACCCGGAUGCGAACGAUUCGACAAACGACGCAAACGCGGAAUUCGGCGACGACGCCGUCGAACGCGACGAGCGAAGGCUCGCGGACCUCGGCCGCAGGACCGUCGAGAUGUACGCGCUGUCGCACCUGUUCACCGUCAAGAUCGAGGUGGCGUUCGCGGAGGCUCAGGCGAUCAAGAUGCAGGAGGCGCUCAUCGCCGAGGAGGAAGAAGCGGAACGA